UACUGUUGUUGGGCUGGGAUUUGCAAGGCUUGAUUUUCUGUGCACAGGCCGCUUCGACUGUAAACGUUUUGUGGUAAAUAAUGGAUUCAGCACCGUCCAUUGAGACGGUGCUACAAGCAAUACAUGCUCUUUACCACCACCCUGAUCCAGCAGGAAAAGAAAAAGCGUCUGUUUGGUUGGGAGAAUUACAGAAAUCGGUGUUUGCCUGGCAAAUUGCAGACCAUCUUUUACAACAAAAUAGAGACCUAGAAUCAUGUUAUAUUGCAGCUCAAACCAUGAGGACAAAGAUUCAGUAUGCCUUCCAUGAACUACCACCAGCAACACAUCAGUCUUUAAGAAAUUCUCUCUUAGACCACAUCAGUAAAACCAAUGCAGGGACAAAUCAAGUAAUAGUCACACAGUUAUGUCUAGCACUUGCUGACUUAGCUCUUCAAAUGGCAACCUGGAAGAAUGCAGCCAGGGAUCUCAUUGACAGGUUCAGUGGCAAUGUGGAUCAUGUGCACUGUUUAGUGGAAAUCUUAACUGUGAUGCCAGAAGAGGUGAAUAGUCGGUCACUUAGACUUGGUGCUAAUAGAAGAUCUGAAAUCAUUGAUGAACUGACAGAAACGGCCCCUAUGGUGCUACAAUUGCUGGCUGUUUGUCGUGAGAAUUUUUCCCAGGAGGAGAAAAUGCAGACUAAAAUCUUUCGCUGUCUUGCAAGUUGGUUCAAUGUUGCUGCUGUACCUCAGGAUUUAAUAGUCCAGAGCCCUAUGCUGACAGCACCUUUUCAGGCCUUGGUUUUACUUGGUUGUUCCUCCACACUACACGAAGCUGCCACAGACUGCGUAUGUGCUGCACUGUAUUGUACUGAGGACUCCAAGGAAAUGAAGGUGUUGUCUGAGGCACUGUUCCAAGCUGUGAUGACCUUGACAGAUGCCUAUCACAUGUCUGUGGCACAAGAAGAUCUGGACAAGUCAAUCAAUUUCUGUCGGAUUUUUACUGAAAUGGCAGAAUCGUUUUUAGAAGCAAUGUUGAAGACACCAAAUCAGGGUCUUGGAGAUUUUAGAACACUAGAAAUUCUGUGUACAUGUGUAGGUCACCAUCAGUAUGAGAUUGCAGAAAUCACAUUUAACUUUUGGUAUCGCUUGUCAGAGAUGUUAUACCAGAGAAAUGAUGAGAUCAUGAACAGAAUGUUCAGUCCCUACAUACAGAGACUUAUUAUAGCUUUGUGCAGACACUGUCAACUUGACCCAGAUCAUGACAGUCUGCCAGAUGAAAAUGAUGACUUUGGUGACUUCAGAGCCAGAGUUUCAGAACUGAUCAAAGAUGUGGUCUUCCUUGUGGGCUCUGCAAACUGCUUUGCUCAAAUGUUUGAUAGUUUAAAGAACCAAAGUUCAGAAACAUCUUGGGAUGUGUCUGAGGCAGCUCUCUUUGUUAUGUGUGCAGUAGCAAAGUUUAUUUUACCGGAUGAGAAUGAAAUAGUUCCCCAAGUCCUCCAGGCUAUCCUCCAUCUUCCUGAGUCUGCCCACAUAGCUGUCAAAUACACCAGUGUACAACUCAUAGGAGAGCUGAGUGAAUGGAUAGAGCAGCAUCCAGACGUGUUAGAACCCGUGCUCCAGUUUCUAAUGGUGUGCCUCCAUGUGCCGAGUCUGGCAUCGGUGUCGGCCUCAGCACUGCUGUACAUCUGUGAGCAAUGUAAACAGAGAAUGACAGACCACUUUGCUGGAUUGAUGCAGAUAAUUCAGGCCAUAGACAGUUUUAACUUAGACAAUGAUGCAGCUGUGGGAUUAUUAAAAGGAGUGUCUUUGAUUUUGGCUAAAUUACCUCAUGAAAAAAUAACUGAAGGGUUAAAAGAGAUGUGCAUUCUGCAGAUCACACCACUACAGAAGAUACUGGAUGACAGUGCCAAAGAUACAGGAAGUAAAGCAGACCCAACUGUUUGGUUAGACAGACUUGCAGCCAUAUUUAGACAUACAAACCCCACAGUCAUCAAUGGGCAGCUUCAUCCCUGUCAGCCUGUAGUACAGGAGGUCUGGCCAGUAUUAUCCCGGGCCUGCCAUCAUUACCAGGCAGAUGUAAAGAUAGUGGAGCGCUGCUGCAGGUGUAUCAGGUUUGCCAUCAGGUGUGUGGGCAAGGGCUCUGCUGCUCUUUUGACUCCACUGGUUACACAGAUGGUGGAAAUGUACUCCUUACACCAGCACUCUUGUUUCCUCUACCUGGGGAGUAUACUGGUGGAUGAGUAUGGAGAGGAAGAGGGCUGUCAGCAGGGUCUUCUCGAUAUGGUCAAAGCUUUCAUGGGACCAGCCUUCAAGCAGUUAGAAGAACCAAAUGGAUUUAGAAAUCAUCCGGAUACAGUAGAUGAUUGGUUUAGACUAUGUCUUAGGUUUAUCCAAAGAGCACCACAGGUCAUCUUGCAGUCUCCGGUGGCUAAGCCAGUCCUUAUGUGUGGAGUAGCUGCCUGUCCACUGGAUCACAAAGAGGCCAAUGCUUCAGUCAUGAAGUUUCUCACUGAAUUGAUUAGAGCAGGGAGAGAGAAAGAAAAGUCAAGUGAAGAUGCAGGUUUAGAAGUCUGCAGAAGCACUGUCCAGGGCCUGAUCAAGGACACUGGUGAGGCCUUAGUUCAGUCAUUACUGUCAGCAGCUGUGUUUUUUCUCCCUUCCUACAUGAUAGUAGAUGCUGCAGAGGUGCUGUAUGAACUGAUGCAGUUAGACAGGCCGGCUGUGUGUAAAUGGCUGGAACAUGCAUUGAAAUCAUUGCCUACAGAAAGUUCUGGUGGUGCUGUCACAGCAACACAAAAACAACUAGUAGACUUCCACAAAGAAGUUACAAGUGCAGAGGGGUUCAAACAAGUGUCACAUGCUCUGAGGGAUUUCUCCCGCCUAUAUAGGUGACACCUGGUGAAUGUUUCAUGUGAAUAUGGAAGUCGAGGACAGAUUUGUGAAGCAAAGUAUGAAGCUUACAGCUUCAUGCAACAUAUUGUUAGAGAGAGGAUUAAGGGCCCAUGUCUUACAAUGCAAUGCGGGAAAUAGAAACAGCAGUGAAGUGUGCACAUGGUCAGGCAAUCUAAACUCCAGCUCACGUGUGGGUCACAUUAGUUGGCAAGUUGAAGGUGGAGAGAGAAAGAUAUAUCUGAAUGAAAACAUCAUCCAUUUUUUAAGUACUAGGUUUUAGCAGUGUUGAGCUUUCUGUAUGCUGUAUUUGAUGCAGUCCUCCUGUGGCAGUGUGGUAGUGACAAUCUGUACAGUUUGAAAAAGAAAACUUUCAGAUUUUGUAAUCUUGGAUUAUGUAAGUCUCCAAAUGGUGCAGUUUUUAUA